CCGGGACGCGGGGCGAAGCGAGUCAUGGCUGUCUACGCCGGGAUGCUGCGCUUGGGGAGGCUGUGCGCCGGGAGCCCGGGGGUCCUGGGGGCCCGCGCGGUCCUCCCUCGGGGUUGGCAGGAAGCGAGGCUGCAGGGUGUCCGCCCGCUCAGUUCCGCAGAGGUGGAUCGCACGGUGCCCCUGCCCAUUGGAGGCCUCAGCUAUGUUCAAGGCCACACCAAGUUUCGUCUCAUCAACAAGACCGUGGGCCAGUGUCUGGACAGCACAGCACAGAGGGUCCCAGACCAAGAGGCCUUGGUGGUCCUCCAUGAAAACAUCCGGCUGACCUUUGCCCAGCUCAAGGAGGAGGUGGACAAAGCUGCUUCUGGCCUCCUGAGCAUCGGGCUCUGCAAGGGUGACCGGCUGGGCAUGUGGGGCCCCAACUCCUACGCCUGGGUGCUCAUGCAGCUGGCCACCGCCCAGGCAGGCAUCAUUCUGGUUUCCGUGAACCCGGCCUAUCAGGCCAUGGAACUGGAGUAUGUCCUCAAGAAGGUGGGCUGCAAAGCCCUGGUGUUCCCCAAGCAAUUCAAGACCCAGCAAUACUACAACAUCCUGAAGCAGAUCUGCCCAGAGCUGGAGAAGGCCCAGCCAGGAGCCUUGAAGAGUCAGAGGCUCCCAGAUCUGACCACAGUCAUCUCGGUGGACGCCCCUUUGCCGGGGACCCUGCUCCUGGAUGACGUGGUGGCGGCCGGCAGCACACAGCAGCAUCUGGCCCAGCUCCGGCACACCCAGCAGUUCCUGUCCUGCCACGAUCCCGUCAACAUCCAGUUCACCUCGGGGACCACAGGCAGCCCCAAGGGGGCCACCCUCUCCCACUACAACAUCGUCAACAACUCCAACAUGAUCGGCGAGCGCCUUAGGAUGCCUGAGAAGAUGCCGGCAGAGAAGCGGGUGGUCCUGCCCAGCCCCUUGUACCACUGCCUGGGCUCCGUGGGAGGCACCAUGGUGUGCAUGAUGCACGGUGCCACCCUCCUCCUGUCUUCCCCGAGCUUCGAUGGCAAGAAGGCGCUGGAGGCCAUCAGCAGAGAGAAAGGCUCCUACCUGUAUGGCACCCCCACAAUGUUUGUGGACAUUCUCAACCAGCCAGACUUCUCCACUCAUGACAUCUCGACCGUUUCUGGAGGUGUGAUCGCUGGGUCGCCCGCACCCCCGGAGCUGAUCCGAGCCAUCAUCAAGAAGAUGGAUAUGAAGGAGCUGGUGGUUGUUUACGGAACCACAGAGAACAGUCCUGUGACCUUCAUGAACUUCCCCGAGGACACUCUGGAGCAGAAGGCAGAGAGUGUGGGCAGAGUCAUGCCUCACACAGAGGCCCAGAUCCUGAACACGGAGACGGGGAAGCUGGCCAAGCUGAACACGCCCGGGGAGCUGUGCAUCCGAGGGUACUGCGUCAUGCAGGGCUACUGGGACGAGCCUCAGAAGACCUUGGAAGCAGUUAGUCAGGACAAGUGGUAUCGGACAGGAGACAUCGCCUCCAUGGACGAGCAGGGCUUCUGCAGGAUCGUGGGCCGCUCCAAGGACAUGAUCAUCCGUGGCGGGGAGAACAUCUACCCCGCCGAGCUCGAGGACUUCUUCCACACCCACCCGCAGAUCCAGGAAGUUCAGGUGGUAGGCGUGAAGGACCACCGCAUGGGGGAGGAGAUCUGUGCCUGCAUUCGGCUCAAGAGUGGGCAGACCGUCACGGAAGAGGAGAUCAAAGCUUUCUGCAGAGGGAAGAUCUCCCACUUCAAGAUCCCCCGCUACAUCGUGUUCGUCAACGACUACCCGCUCACCAUCUCCGGAAAGAUCCAGAAAUUCAAACUCCGAGAGCAGAUGGAAAGGCGGCUAAACCUGUGAAUAAAGAGGGAGGAGGGGUCUUCCCAAGCCCUCCUCCUCCCUCCCUCCCCUCCCCCAACGCCCCUCCACGACCAACGCUUGUCUUUGUGACUUGAAAUAAAGAACGUCUCUGUUUUCU